GUAGCGAGUUUUUAUAGUUCAGAAACCUUUUUUCUUCCUCUUUUUCCGUUCUUUGUUUUCUUCCUUUGAAUAUCGUCUUUCUAACAUGUCUUCUAAAGAAGCAGAAAAACCUAAAGCCGUCCCCGAAGAACCCACAGAGGAUAAGGUAAAUCUCAUCAUGGCAAAUCGAAGACUUCUUCGGAAACGGAGAAGACUGACAGCAAGGACAGCGAUGGUGAGCCAAAGGUCGUCGAUCCCGAAGAGCUUAUUGAUAUGAAUACGUUUGAUCAGCUUUUGGACAUGGACGAUGAGGAAGAUCACGAAUUCUCAUACAGCAUUGUACUCAACUACUUUGAGCAAGCAGAACAGACUUUCACAGACAUGGACGCUGCACUAGAGAAGAAGGAUCUAUCGGAACUGUCUCGAUUGGGACACUUCCUCAAGGGUAGCUCGGCUGCGAUUGGAUUGAAGAAGGUCAAGGCAACGUGUGAAAAGAUUCAAAAUAUUGGAAACAAGCAGGACGAGGUGGGGUCUGCCUCGAUUGAAGAGGAAGAGGCAUUGGAAAAGAUCACAAAGCUGUUGCCACAGGUCAAAGCAGAGUACAAAGAAGCCGAAGAGUAUCUCAAGAGCUUCUACGACCAAGAUACGCGAUAGAAAGCUUUCUAAAAGAAUCACCGGUAAUCCAAACAAGCCAAAAAAGAAGA